AACGGCCAAGUGGACGGAAAUGGCUGGUGAUCAAAUAUGAGAGUGAAGGUCGCUAUCGGCCUUCAGGGCCCUUGCGAUUUCCUCGGUACCCGUGCAUCCCAAACGGCGCCAAUCACUAUGGCCAGGGUCCCCGGCUUAUGACAGGACAGCCAAAGAAUAAGCAAGGGAACACUGAACCUCUCUAAUAUUACCGGCGAAGAUGUCGGAGCUGGAAAUCAAGCACCUCGUGAAGUCCUCGCAGAAACAUUUGCAGAAAUUACGUUGGGGGCAGCCACUGCUGGAUACGUCGCACGAGAGUCGCGCGGAGUUAGAGGCCAUAAACGGCGGACCCAUCUUUGGCCGCGAGGCAAAUCAGGCCAUCGGGGGGCGAAGCCUGAUGAUGCACGCGCUUUUCUCACCUGCAAUCCGCAAGAUAGCGAGAAAGAUGCGGCAGGGGCGACAGAACUUUAUGGAGGAGCGCCUCAACAAACAUCUCCGGGGCCAUCAGUUGCAUGAAGAUGCACUGACAUCACUGAAGACAUCGGCAUCGGCCCUGGCCCUCGGAGUAGCCGAUGCAUGUCGCACACAAGAACCGAUGGCGCCGGCACUCGCGACGAGCCACCACAAGAUGCUCGAGGCUAAGAAUGAGAUGGCACUUGCGAUUUCAAAGCACCUUGUUUCGGCAACUAUCCCGCAAAAUAGUCCACAGACGCCACCACUGAAUCAUCCUAAGGGCGCUGUCGUGUACUAUGGGUCCGCAAUCGCCUUGCAGGCAAAUCAUGGUGGAUAUAUGGGCCUUAACCAGCACGGCCGGGUUGAUGCAGUUGCCAUACGGCCUACACCACCGUGCCUUCUUACUUUAUGGAACAUGAUGGACUUAGGAGAUGUUGGGGCGAUAAGAUAUGGAGACCAAGUAUGGCUCCAGUGCUCCCGCUACGAGCUGCUUGGUACAUCAGCUAUGCCUCACGAUGUCGGUGCUGAGUGGAAUGCCAUCGUUGGUGACAUUGCUGAGGCAAGCAGAGGUGCACCCAACCAUGGUGGAGAGCAACAGACCGGCCCGGAUUGGGAGGCAUACUCGUCUUCCUUCGCUAGAGAGCGUCGCAUAGCACGACGUGCAGCUGAGACUCUUGCCCAAGGUGGCCGCAUUCGCGAGACCGUUGGCCGUCUUGUCGCGGUGCCGUGUGGGGGGGCAAGCGCAGUUGGAGCGCGUGCAAGUGCUCGAUGGGUCAUUCUUCAUCGAAAACAUCCCCACGCGACAAUUGGCACCCAUAUCAUGCACGAAGAUGACAUUGUACUCCAGCAGGAGGAACUAUAUGUAUCCUCAAGAAAAAAAGAUUGCUGUGAGUUACGCGUACCCCGCACCGAUGUCGCUGGUAAACCGGAAGGUACUGAGAAGCUGAAUAGCUUCAGACAAGUUUCCAAUGGCCAUGAGCUCAGUUCAAUUGUGGACGACACUGUCUCUGUUGUUUUCAAGAGUGGCCUAGGAGCGCGAUCACGCGAGAGUACACAGCCAAUCGCAAGCUCAUUGACUGAUAUAUUCGACAAGGAGUAUAGUUUUACACUACGCAUAGCGACAAUCCAGCUGACUAAGUCCAAAGACCGUGCGCUCCAGCAAGUUCCAGCUCUCAUGCGCAUGCGUCUUGAGCAGCGCCUCGACGCAAAGGCCAAUGAGCAGGCAAUCUUAGCACGUACCCUGAAUGAACGAGAUCCACGGAAGACUAACGUGGCGAAACAAAAUAAAUUGGCAUGUCUUGCCCAGUCCUAUACACAUCGUGUUUCACAAUCUGCCAUCAUGCUAGACACCUUUAAGAUGAGCUCCAUCGGGCAAGUCGAGCUUCUGCGGCGGACGAAGGCAACCCGGACUAUACAAGGCUGGUGUAAACGCCGAUUCAUGUUUAAGUGGGGGCAUCAAAUGGCCCGGCUCGAUCAAGAGUGCAUCUCCAAGCUAGAUAACGACAGACGCAAAGAUAAUUCGGCGCGCUGCCGCUUUGCUGCUCGAGAGCAUAUACUCCAGGACUUUUUUAUAACAGAUGCCCCUCUAGCCGUCGCGAGUCGCGCUAAUCUCGCCGCCCCGCCACCCGCUUCUGCGGCCUACAAGCUCCGCCGCACCGUCGGAAGUGCCUUUGCCAUAUCCCAGGGGCGCUGGAGAGCGAGGUAGUCCGGCGGCUCCAACUUCCUGCCGCAAUGUAGCCAAACCAUAGCCACAGUCGGGGAUUUGGUCAUAAUAGCGAGAUAGU